UUCUCUCUCUCUCUCUUUUUAUUACCUAUAUAUAUAUAAAAACAUGUUUACUUAUUUCGAAGAAUGGUUGGAUCCCACAUUAAAAAUGGAAGCGGUGGAUUUAAGCAGUUUAUUUCCAUUAGAUUUUUUAUAUCCAGAAGGAGAUGAAUUGACUAGUUCUUCACCUUGUUCCAGUAGCGGUACAUUUUCAUCCUGUUCUUCUUCUGGUUCAACUACACCCGAAUUCGAACCAUUCGUGCUUUUGGAUCUUCCCCAUACAUUUGUCUUUCCUGAAAAGCAAAAACCCUUUGGCUGUCACAUUUGUUCCAGGUCUUUUGCCCGUAAACACGAUCUUCACCGUCACAUUCGAGUACAUACAGGUGCUAAACCCUAUUCGUGUUUAAGUUGUGCUAAAUCUUUUGCUCGUACAGAUGCUCUUAAGCGUCAUUUACGUAUGGAGGAACAUUGCAGAACAAGUCCAGUCAUACAAGCCAUGAAAGAUGCUGGCAAUAGACGCUAUAGGAAUUUAUAGACCUCUUAAAUUCUCUCUUUCAACCCACAUACACACACACACACCAAAUUUCCCCCCUUCCCUUUCCCUUUCUUUAUAACAUUUUACGCAUUUUUACGUUUUUUUUUUUUUUUU